AUGAACUGGCUCAAGCAGACUUUGGCAAACGUUGCGGGCACGCAGGAGCCUAUCUAUGGCCCAGAUGCCAUCCAAUCCGUCUCCAGGCAGGCGGAGACCACUCCCUACACGGAGCUCAAGAAGGAGGAUCUCAAAUGGCGGGCUCCUCAGUAUACGUCCGUGGAGACUCAGACCUUCUACGUGAUGGCCGACAAUGGCGGCUUGGCCAUGCUCCAGGUCAUUUACAGCAAUGUUGCAGGCCUCCAUACUACCUGCUCGUUCAACUCUAAGAUCUUUUCCGUUAAUGCCGAUGCCCCGCAUAUCUGGCACACGGACACGCUCUACAACCACCUCUUCGACCCCGACAUGUAUUCCUUUGGCGCCGACAACCUCGCUCUGACCUUGAACGAGGAAGGCACCGCGUACACCAUCAAGUCGGCGGUCAAUGAGGACAGUCUGGUGAACCUGACAUUUACACGGCAAGCACCUGGCCUCGUCAUCGGUAAGGAUGGGACUUCUUAUUUUGGGACUGACCCCGAGAAUCCUUGGGGCUCUAUGCGGCAUGCUUUUUGGCCGCGUUGCUCCGUGGAGGGCACCAUCAUCACCAAGGAAAAGACCUAUGACUUUAAGGGUCGUGGCUUCUUCGUCCAUGCCCUACAAGGCAUGAAGCCCCACCAUGCUGCGGCACGGUGGAACUUUGUCAACUUCCAAACCCCCACAUAUUCGGCGUUUAUGAUGGAAUUUACGACCCCUCCUUCGUACGGCUCGACCGUUGUCAACGUGGGAGGCAUCGUGAAGGACGGAGAGAUCGUCUAUGCCGGUGCAACGAACUCAGCCACCCAUCUGGAAUCUGCUCAGGAUACGGAGAACGACUGGCCGGAGCCCACGUCUGUGAGGUUCGUCUGGGAUGGAAAGACGAAAGACGACAAGGACUUCCAUGCUGAACUCGAGGGGUCGCUUGGGAAGAGGCUCGACCGGGUCGACGUGAUGGCAGAAGUGCCAGGGUUCGUCAAAGCCAUUGUUGGGAGUGUGGCAGGGACUAGGCCUUACAUCUAUCAGUAUUCACCUCAAGAUAAGCUCACUCUUAAGGUGAAAGUCGGCGACACCGAAGAUGCCGAGCAAGGCACCCUGUUUUCCGAGGCCACAUUCAUAUCAUGA